AUGUUUCCAAGCAAUGAUAUUUCAAAUACUUUAACAAUUAAAAAGUCAAGUUAAAAUAAAUAUAAAUUUGAUUAAGCUAAUAUUUGUGAAGAAUAAAAAGAUUAGUAUCAAAAUGUAGUUCAUGUAAAAGCUAAUGAGAAUUCUUAGAAAAACUUUUACUAAUCUAUGAAUUAAAAUGUAUUUACUGAGCAAAACGAUUAGUAUUUCUUAUAAGAUGAGUAUGAAUAUGAAAAAAUAUCUAAUAAUAGUGAAAGUUAAGAAGAAUUAUAAAUUGAUUAAUUUAAGUAAUAUAGCUAGGUUGAUAGCUCUUUAAGUAAUUCAUUUGAAAUAGACUUAGAUUUAGAUGAUUAUUUCAUUUAUAACAAAAAAAUUAAUUCUUUAUUAAAAUUAUAUAAUUAUGAAAUUUAGAAAUUAAUUUCUAAAGGAGAAAUUGGUUUUGUUUUUUAAGCUAAAAAUCUAAAAACUUAAGAAGAAGUUGCGAUUAAAAUAAUAAAUUUCUAAUAAUUUAAUUAUCCUUACAUUGAUGAUCUAUUAAAAGCUUUAGAAUAAAAUAUAUCAGAAUUUUAAUAAAAGUAUUAGAAUAACUAUUAAUUAAAAUACAUGCUAAAUGUUAAAUAGUAGUUUAUUUAAGAUUAGAUUUUCAUAUAAGAAAUGGAAAUCUGUAAGUUUAACUUUAACAGCACCAGCUUAUAAUUAUAUUUUCAAGAAAUUAAUUCAAAAAAAUUUAAAUACCCUCUUUAGAUUAAUUUCAUUUUAGCUUGUUUUUUAAAUGAACUUCAUGAAUAAAAUCUUACUCAUUUAAAUUUAAAACCUUGCAAUAUUCUUGUCAAUAUGAAUGGUUAUAUUAAAAUAUCUGAUUUUAUUGCUUCUAAUUCAUAUUAUGAACAACUAUAAAAAUUCCGCAUGUAUUUGAAAUACAAAAAUGACGAUUUAGUUAGUCCUAAAUUUUAGUUUCAAGAUGAUUUUAAAAAGCAGGAUGUCUUUAAUCUAGGCCAUAUAAUGGAUAGCGUUUUUUAUGAAUUUUAACACCAUACUAACUCUAUAAACUUAGAUUGA